AGUAUGGAUUACACUGGGGAAGAGAUUGCCAUUGUGGGAAUAGGCUGUAAUUUCCCAGGAGGAGAAGGGCUAGACAAUUUCUGGAAGGUACUUGUAGAAGGAAAAAACUGUACAGUGGAAAUACCACCUGAAAGAUUUAAUACUAAAUUAUGGUAUGAUUCUGAUGACCAGAAGGCAGGAAAAAUACGUACAUCUCGUGCAGCUCUCAUAGACAACUUCAAUGAGUUUGAUCACAAGCUGUUUGAUAUCUCCGAGGCGGAAACUGAACGUAUGGAUCCACAACAUAAACUCCUUCUGGAAUGUACUUAUCAUGCUUUGGAAGAUGCCGGAACACCAGUAGAAAACAUUAGUGGAACAAAAACGGGAGUAUUCAUUGGUAAGAGCAUCCCAUUUUUGUAUGAAAGGCAAUAUUAA